AUCGCCGCCUCCGGCUACGCGAAUGGUGGAGGAGUGGGGGCGCGCUGUCGCAUCGGGAGUGUGGGUAUCGUUCGAGCGCAGUGUCCCUGGAGACGCGACGUUGGUUGCUCGAUUUUCCUCUUCCCUUCCGGUUUUCCAGCGCUCGGUUUCCGGCCGCGUGCUCAUUCGCGUCGCUUCCGGUCACCGGGGCUGUUGUUUUCGAGGAUAAUCCGUGCCGGCUAUUCGAACUAUUUUGUGCGACGAAAAAUCCGAGUGGCAAACGUCUGAGAGACACUGACAAAUGAAAACUUCACAAAUUUAAUAUUUAUUUAUAAACUGUGAGUGUUUCUGAACUAAGAUCAUAGUCUUGUAACAGCAAAAUCAGAGAUUCGAAGAAGUUUGGAUGUGUGAUGGUGCGUUGGAGCCCCAGAAUUGUUAGUGAAGACUCUUUCUGAGGAUGUUACUUAUAGUUGCUGCAGACACUGUGUUCUGGGUGUGAAUUUGGGAGAGUCCUCACGGCACCAGAACACUCCCAUGUAAACCAAGUGAUCGUGCAUCAUCGAUCCAUCAAAGAAAACCUAAAAUGUCACCAACACACUAAAAGCGUCAUCGAAUCAACGUCCUCCCUCAACCGAACGCCGCAGUAAUUGCAACCUGAACGGCCGAGGAAGAUGUAAGAAAAAUGUGACUCGUGUUCGACGAGGAUAGAGUGUGAAUGAGGAUCGCGAUAAAGGUUCAGGGCGAGGUCGAACAGCCGAGUUAAAGAUGCCUCGGCCAUCGAGGGACACUUACGGCGAUCAAAAGCCACCGUAUUCUUACAUCUCGCUGACCGCGAUGGCGAUUUGGUCUUCGAGGGACAAGAUGUUGCCGCUCGCUGAAAUUUACAAAUUCAUCGCCGAUCGGUUUCCGUACUAUCGCAAGGACACUCGGAGAUGGCAGAACUCUUUGAGGCACAAUUUGUCCUUUAACGACUGCUUCAUCAAGGUGCCGAGGGGACCACAUCGACCAGGUAAAGGCGCGUACUGGGCGCUGCACCCAGCCGCCCUCUCGAUGUUCGAGAACGGCUCGUUGCUCCGUCGUCGAAAGCGGUUCAAACUGCACAAGCCCGACAAAGAGCUGUUAAAAUCCGAGCUGCAAGCCCUGGCGUCCGCCAUGCCGCCCCCGCACUCGGAGUCCUCGCCGGUGAUAUCGAUAAACCCGGCCGCCCAAACGAGUAGCCUGACGGUCGCCAAUCUGCACCGUCUGCGCGACGAUCUGCUCCGUUGGGAGCUGCACGAGCGUCGUCUGACGAUGACUUCCGGUGACAGCUCUCCUGGCUUCUCCGCGCCGGAGGCCGGCUCCAGCUACUACCUGCUGUCGCCGGAAGUCAGACAGCGACUGGCCGGCACCGACGAGAUUCUGCGCGGCUACGAGAGCAACCUGCUGCAAACGGGAAGCUGGAAUUUCCCCGGCUUCCAGGUGACCCCGUACGUGUCCCAGUUGUCCUACUUCCAGACCGACAUCCCCGACAGCCGACAAAUCUGCCCCGGCACCGCGGAGACCAUCCCCGACAAGACUGAGUCCAGACCGUUCCUGGACACCGCGAGGAGCAGCCUCGAGCCCGCGAGCGGCAAACGCUCGACCCUGGAACCCGGCAUUUCCAGCCAGACGACCAUUCAGCCCGAGCAGAAGAAGAAGAAGAAACCCUUCACCAUCGAGAACAUCAUCGCACCCGACGAUGAGCAGAUCUCCGGCAACGUGGAGGACGAGAAGAGGGGUCAUCUUCUUGUCCCGAGACCUCUCUACGCUGGAUUCCCUUUCGGGCUGUCCACGACCAAGGUCACCUACGAGACUGCUACCUGAAGAGUCUCACUGUAGAGACAAGGACUCCAAGUGAGGGUAGAAGCUUCCGGUGAUAGUGAUCACGUGACCGAACUGUGCUUUUGGACUCGGGUGUCCAACGUGCUGGUGGACUAUUUUUGUUACUUUGAGUUUUGCGGGAUUCGUGGAUAGAGACACUAGAGGUGACGCAGAGGAGGAAAUGCUUCACAGAUUUGAAGUAUGUAUCUUGAACGUUUUGUGAACCUAGAGAUAUGUGGAUGGCGACGUAGGAAUUGAAAAUAUAUUUAAUUAUAUUUUUUAUUUAUUCCUGUACGUGCGGAGGGAAGCCAUAUUGAUUUUGUCCUUCAUUUCAAAUAGUUCUUCUGCAAAUUCUAUUUGUUCUUGUACAACCUUUUCAUACUUACUAAAUUAAAAUUUGAUUUAUAGACACAUUUAGUAUAUGUUGAGGUUAGAACCUAAAUAUUGAGGUUAUAAACUUACUGACUAUAAACUUACUGUAUGAACAUCUUUUCUGAAUAUGGCCAUUUUCUCCUUAAAUUCAAACCGUCUAUGUAUUUCUAGGUCCAUGGUUUUGGACAAGUAUUUAGGAAAUGUUUCUUAACAAGUAUUUUAGAAAUAUUUCUGUUAUCGAUUUACCCGCAAACACUGUAACUUUCUUAAAUUAUUAACUUGGAACUAAACUGAGAAAACGUUAAAUGUACGAAAAGAUUUGGAAGGUAUUUAGAAAUGUGUGGAUGGAGGAUAUUUAUAUAGAAUAUAUGAAAAUACUCGAAUGAGUCCACAACAUCAAGAUGGACUCCGUUGCACUUUGGCGGGAACCUGAUACUUUUCAAAAUGCUUGGAAAAGGAACCUUGAACCUUGCGUGAUAAUCGAAGUUUGUAGCUCCUAUACUCGUAGCUCUAUUAGUCACACUCUGUCAUCCUUUACAUGUAAUUAUGAAUCUAAUAAUUUUUAAGGUCUUUCCAAAGCUCUCAAAAUAUCGUAUCAGAUCGAGUAUGGAACUUGACAAAUGGCGCCUUGAUACUUAUUUCAUUGGACGGUCAAUUCAUGAGGUUAGGUUUGCAAGGUGUAUCGCUGUUUAUUCGCCAUGUUUAUUUUUUACUCCGUCUGUCAAGUUUUCUGCUUAAUGAUGUAAUAGGUAAAUCUUUCUCGGUGACAAGCAGUCGGAGGUAACUAGAGUCAUACAGUAAUUGAUGACUUGCUUUAAAGAUGGCGAUAGUCACGAAAUUUUAAAGAAAUUUGAGAAUUCGGGGAUUUGGAGAUUCGGGAAUUUGAGAAUUCGGGGAUUUGG